GUUUGGGAAGCCCCGUUCUCCAUCAGCUCAGCUACUUCAGCAGUGACUAUCCGAUGUGCAAGCCUCCAUGCGCGAGCAGGUACGUGCAAAGCAGACGCGGGUGUCAGAGCAGUCGCGGCGCGCCCCGGGGGGGAAGUGUGAGAGAGAGAGAGAGAGAGAACAACGCCGAUGCGGCGAGAUCCCCCGUCGCCGCCAUGGCGGCCAGGGGGCGGGAGCCCUCAGAAGAGCUCGAAGACGACGAGGCCAAGCGGGAGGGGGACGCUGUCGUCGACGGCAUUGAGGGGGAGGACGGCCGUGCUCGGGCACGGCACUAUCGCCCUCCCCCAGCCCUCCGAAAGCCGCGCGCGCACCAGCAGCAGCUUCGUGCUCAACGUUGUCGAAGGGCUCGAAGUUGACCGCACCACGGCCACGGAGCCGAACUCGGACGAACGUCGUACUGCUGCCGAUGACGCUGCCCGCACGCCCAGCGUACUUGCCCGUCAUGACGCGGACGAACUCGCCCUCCUUCCAGGCUCGAGAGACCGCCACCGCCGCAGGCCGCGCCGCCUCCUCGAACACCACAUCCAUGAGCUCCGCGCCAGCUGGGGUCGUGCCGCUACCCGCAGGAGCAGCAGACGCCAUCGCACCAGCAUCGCCACGGCCCUGGCACACUGGAAGAUCGCCAGCAAAGGCAUCGUCGAGCUCAUCAGCACUGGGAGCGCCAGAUACAGCAGGAGGGAGAACAGCAUCUGCACCAGGAUGGUCGGCAACAGGCGCAAGCCGGGAGCGGCGGCGCCGCCCCGCCGACCUGGGACCGCCACCAGCUGCCUGCGCUACCAUCGGCAACUGCUUGCCAGCUCCUCCCGCCUCCGUCCCGCUGCCCCUGCGGCACGGCCACCACGUCCGCGCCGCCGCCGCCGCUGGGCGGCCGCGGCGCCAGCCGCGGGGCGGCCGCGGCUCGCGGCCACCGGCAGCGCGCAGGAGGCCCUCGGCCGCGCGCGGGAGGCGCACCCCCCUCGGGGGCGCUCCCCGCGGCCAGGCCCGAGGCCGCAUGGGCUGCGAGGAGCGCGCCUCUAGGGGGCAAACACACCUACCUCGCUUUUGACCACCCUCGCUUCCAAGAGAUACCAAGCGAGGCCAAACUACGGCCUGUACUGGUCAGGCCGCUCGACGAGGAGGCGCGUGGUACGACUUGGUUUUGCCUGGAAGCGAAAGCGGGGUAGGUAAUUCACGCUCUGAGCCUCGCGCGGCUUCCUCGGCGCCCUUGCGGCUGGCCUCCAGGUUGAGCGCACCGGGCAUCGGCUUCCUGGCAAGCGCGCCUCCGCGGGGGGCGCGGACGUGCCCGACUUACGCCUUGUGGCCCUCCCUGGUGGCCGAAAGCUCACCUUCUGCUCGCUGCCCGAGUCGCCGCCCGCUACAGC